GAAGAUGGAUUGUUGAGCAUAGAUAAAUAACUCAUUUUUACAUAAUUGAUGAAACGAAUAGAAGAAGAAUUUUGAGUCUAACCUGUAUUUUCAAAAUUGUAAGUUUAUUUUGGGAUAAAGGUUAAAAUGGUAAUUGAUCCAAAGGACAUUGGGGAGGAAAAUGGUUUAAUUCUGUUUGGUCGAGACCUCUCAAAAAUACCCUGUUUUCGAGACAGUUUUCUCUAUGGAAUUGGCGGCGGAUUAGCAUUUGGGUUAGUCCAUUUUAUCUGCACCAGCAAAUCAGUCAAGUCUCUGAACUACUCAGUUUACUCCAUGUGCAUGAUAACCAUGGGGUAUUGGAUACAGUGUAGGUAUGAAUAUUCCAAAUCCAAAUCUGAAGCUAUGAGAAUGAGAGAACUGAUUGAGAGAGGCUCUAUGUUUGAAGGUUCUGAACAGGUAAUUCCGCCACCCGUGGAUAUUUGACUUAGUUUAAUUAGAUUGUAUACAGGUGACUUGUAAAUAAUAGUGAAUUAUUACACCUUU